AUGAUCACUAUUACUUUGUCGAAGACGGAGCUUCAUACAUCCUCUACAGGAUACCAACCCCCUCUUCCGGCUGACCAAGUGAAGCCAUUGAAUGAUUUUGAGGAUAAUGGAGGUGGUAGAUAUGUUAUUGUUUAUGUCUCUGAAGUUACUUCUAUGAGGGUUCGCCUAGAUUCCGAGGUAGGAGUCGUGGUGGCCGAGGACGAGCUAGGGAUAGAGUGGCUUAAGUUGCUCAUGGGGUUUUUCUUUGGUUCAUGGUACUGUGAGUGCAGGAAACUACAAUGGAGUUGGGGAUAUAAUGGAGAUGGUUGGGAUGGUGGGCGUGGUUAUGGUGGCAGAGGUAGAGGCCGUGGAAGAGGUGGUUCUUUUAGGGGACGAGGAAGAGGUUAUGGUCAGUCGGGUGGAUACUAUGACUAUGUUGAAGGUGCACCUGCCCAAGGUCGCGCUGUAUUCUUUGCUACUCAUCUGUGGACUGUUGGAAUUCUUGUUAAGUUCAAUCAAUUAUCUGAUAGUAGAUGUCCUUUGAAGGUCUCGCAGGGCGCGGUCGAGGCAGAGGAAGAGGCCGUGGUCGCGGUCGUAAUACCAGAUUGGAAGGACAAGCACCCGCUGCUUGAGCAGAUGUUUCCAAGAUAUGUGUGUGGACUUGAAAAAAAGAAUGAUAUAUGGGAUGCCUGCUCUGCUUAUGUCGUCGUGAAGUUUGCUGAUAUAUCUAUGGGCACUGUCUUUCCUUUGAAGCUUUAUAAGUGUUGCAACCGUGAUGCUUGA